CGGCUCUGCCCCCAGAGAGCAGCCUUGGCAGGAAGCAGACGCGGCCGCGCCACAGCUGUUGCUUUCGGGGGAUUCAGAGACAGAAAGAGCGAGGGUACCUUUAAGAGGAAAAAAAAAUCCCCUCAACUCCCCGAUUUGCAUUUUCCAUUUGUGCCCCUCCUUUUUUGCAGUGAUGUCAGCCGGGGAGGACUUGCUGGCAGCACUGGGAAGCGGAGUUCAGACGGCGGCAGCAGAGCUGAGCCAUCCGAUGCUUUAGCACCCGGAGCUCUCUGGGUGCUGCUUCUCUCCAACACCCACCGCCUCUGCGCCUGCAGGGGCGGACCGGACCGGACCGGACCGGACAGCUCCUGUGCAAAAUUUCCAGUCUAUACCAAAGAGGGGGCAAACAAAGAUCUUCUACCAUCUUUCUCUCAAAUAGACCUAACAUUCCUCUUCUGUUUUAUCCUCAAAGAGAGAGAUUUGCUGGACUGCUCUUGCAGACGGGGAUUUAGUUAAAAGUCUCUCAGCACAACUUAGCUUAAGCGACAUCAGCGUGGCGGACUGAUAUUAAUGAGGUUCUUUUAAUGUGGAAUUACAUUUGCCUUUUACAGCUGCAAAGACAUAAAACCAAACCCCAAACAAGACUUAGCUAAAAGUUAGACUACCUUUUUCUUCCACAAUUGUAGAAAUCGUUCAUGCAUCUUUUGCUCUAGCGUGCAUGGGAAGAAGCAGCUUGUAUUUUGGAUCAAGGAUUUGCUGGUGUAAACUGGUCUAACUUCCAUGCGAUGGGGCAACCUUCAUUACUCUAGACGCCUUCCUGAUGUGCCGAGGAGCCAAUGUAAAUUAACAUCUUUUGCAGAGAACGCAAGGAAUUAAAGCUACUCUUGGUGUUCUUCAGGAGAACUCAUUAGCCAUUCUGGAGAUGGACUUGCUGUCUGGAACCUACCUCUUGGCAGUCUUAUUAGCCUGCAUUGUAUUUCAAUCUGGUGCCCAAGAGAAGAAUUAUACUGUGAGGGAAGAACUGCCGGAAAAUGUCCUGAUUGGCAAUUUGCUCAAGGAUCUGAAUUUGACACUGGACCCGGAUGUGCCCCUUUCAUCACCUCUUCAGUUUAAGCUUGUGUAUAAGACUGGGGAUGUGCCAUUAGUCCGGGUGGAGGAAAACACCGGUGAGAUAUUCACGACUGCAAACCGCAUAGACCGGGAGAAGCUGUGCUCUGGCAUUUUUAGUGAGAACCGCUGCUUUUAUGAGGUGGAGGUAGCAGUUUUGCCUGAUGAAGUCUUCAGAUUGGUCAAGAUCAGAUUCCUGAUAGAGGAUAUCAAUGACAAUGCUCCCCUUUUCCCCUCAACAGUCAUUAACAUCUCCAUCCCUGAGAACACAGCCAUUAAUUCCCGCUAUUCAGUCCCUUCGGCCAUUGAUCCUGACAUUGGAGUGAAUGGCAUUCAGCAUUAUGAACUUCUUAAGCCCAAAACAGCACCGAAAAGGACAUUUGGAUCCAUUACGAAUGAUCAGGGUCAAAAUGUAUUUGGACUUGAUAUAAUUGAAACACCUGAGGGAGAUAAGUGGCCACAGUUGAUUGUCCAGCAGAUCCUGGACAGGGAGCAGAAAGACACAUAUGUGAUGAAGAUUAAAGUUGAAGAUGGUGGAACACCUCCCAGAUCCAGUACAGCCAUCCUACAAGUAACAGUUACUGAUGUGAAUGACAAUCGCCCAGUCUUUAAGGAAAAUGACAUUGAAGUUAGCAUUCCAGAAAAUGCUCCAGUGGGCACCUCAGUUUCUCAGCUCCAUGCCACUGACGCUGAUCUGGGCUCAAAUGCACAGAUCCACUUCUUUUUCAGCAAUCAGAUCUCCAGUCUGGCCAAAAGGCUCUUUGCCUUAGAUAACACUACUGGCCUCAUCACAAUUAAGGAACCACUGGACAGGGAGGAGUCACCAGUACACAAGUUAACUGUUUUGGCAAGUGAUGGCAGCUCAACUCCAUCAAGAGCAACAGUGACGGUAAAUAUCACAGAUAUUAAUGAUAAUGUUCCAUCCAUAGACACAAGAUACAUCAUCAAUCCAGUGAAUGGGACUGUGCUCCUGUCUGAGAAAGCACCUCUCAAUACAAAAAUUGCCCUGAUUACAGUAACGGACAAGGAUGCUGAUCUGAAUGGAAAAGUUACCUGCUUCACAGACCAUGAUGUCCCUUUUAGGUUAAAGCCAGUGUUUGAUAACCAAUUUCUAUUGGAGACUGCCACAUUUCUAGACUAUGAGGCUACACGAGAAUAUGCCAUUAAAAUAGUGGCCUCUGAUUCAGGGAAACCUCCCUUAAAUCAGUCAGCAAUGCUGCUGAUCAAAAUCAAAGAUGAGAAUGACAAUGCCCCAGUUUUCACACAGCCUGUCAUAGGACUUUCCAUUCCUGAGAACAAUGCUCCUGGUACCCAGCUGACCAAGAUCAGUGCCACAGAUGCAGACAGUGGACGCAAUGCUGAGAUCAGCUAUAUGCUGGGUUCAGAUGCACCCCCCAUUUUCAACCUGGAUCGUCGCACAGGAGUUCUGACAGCAGUAAGAAAGCUGGACAGGGAAAAGCAGGACAGGUACUCCUUCACUGUACUGGCUAGGGAUAAUGGGAUGCCACCAUUGCAGACCAAUGCUACUGUGACACUAUCAGUUCUGGACCAGAAUGAUAACAGCCCUGCUUUUACCCACAAUGAAUACAAUUUCUAUGUGCCAGAAAACCUGCCCAUGUAUGGCACAGUGGGGCUCAUCACAGUUACUGAUGCUGACUCUGGAGAGAAUGCUGCAGUUACUCUCUCUAUAUUAAAUGGCAGAGAGAAUUUCAUUAUCGAUCCACUUACUGGUGUAAUAAGACCCAAUAUUACAUUUGAUAGAGAGCAACAAGGUUCUUACACUUUCCAGGUGAAGGCUGUUGAUGGAGGAAGAGUGCAACGCUCUUCCACUGCCAAAGUGACCAUAAAUGUAGUUGACGUGAAUGACAACAGGCCGGUUUUCGUCAUCCCUUCAUCUAACUACUCCUAUGACUUGAUUCCCACAGCCACCAAUCCAGGGUCCGUGGUGACUAAAGUCUUUGCAGUUGACAAUGAUACAGGGAUGAAUGCAGAGCUCCGCUACAGCAUUAUAGGUGGGAACUCGAGAGGUUUGUUUACAAUCGAUCAGUUAACAGGCAACAUUACUUUGAAAGAGAAGGUAAUCACAGCAGAUCAUGGCUUACAUAGACUGGUGAUAAAAGUCAAUGAUUUAGGACAGCCAGAGUCUCUUUAUACCAUAGCACUGGUGCAUUUAUUUGUGAAUGAAACCAUCACCAAUGGCUCAUACGUGCAGGAGAUGGUGCGCAGAAAUAUGGAAACACCAGUGGGCCAGAAUGUUGGGGAUGGUGAGAUAACCCCACAGACCAAUGACUAUGUCAAAAUCAUCAUUGCUAUAAUUGCAGGCACCAUGACAGUCAUCCUGGUCAUUUUUGUCACUGCUUUGGUACGAUGCCGCCAGACACCCCGGCACAAGGUUGUCCAAAAAAGCAAGCAGAGUGGGGAAUGGGUCUCCCCGAACCAGGAGAACCGACAGAUCAAGAAGAAGAAGAAGAAAAAGAAGCGCUCUCCAAAAAGCCUCCUUCUCAACUUUGUGACAAUUGAAGAAUCUAAGCCCGACGAUCCUGCCCAUGAGCAUAUAAAUGGCACUUUAGACAUUCCCGUAGAGCUAGAAGAACAGACUAUGGGAAAAUAUAACUGGGCCACUACACCAACCACAUUUAAGCCUGACAGCCCAGAUUUAGCAAAGCAUUACAAGUCUGCCUCUCCACAGCCCACCUUUCAAAUUAAACCCGAGACUCCUGUGCCCCCUAAGAAGCACCAUGUCAUUCAGGAACUGCCUCUGGAUAACACCUUUGUGGUGGGUUGUGACUCGCUCUCCAAGUGCUCCUCAAGCAGCUCGGACCCUUAUAGUGUCUCCGAAUGCAGCUGUCAAGGUGGCUUCAAGACCCCAGGCCCCAUCCACACCAGACAGCACACAAAAGAGAAGGGAAGACCCCAGAGCCCUUUGAAAGAGACAAGCCUGGAAUCAUGGACUCAGCCCCAGUCGCAACGCCGUGUCACAUUUCACCUCCCAGACGGCUCCCAGGAAAGCUGCAGUGACAGUGGGCUUGGAGACCAUGAACCCAGCAGCAGUGCAAGCACAUCGCAUCCUCUGCCCCUUGGUUUCCCCCAAGAGGAGUACUAUGAACAGGCUUCGCCCAACAGUCGGACAGAAGGAGAUGGCAAUUCGGACCCGGAGUCCACUAUUGAAGUUAAUCUCCAAAAAGCCCUUGCCGAAGCUUCCGAAACCUGCACACAAGAAUGUCUUAUCCUAGGCCAUUCUGACAACUGCUGGAUGCCACCUUCUUUGACACAGUACCAACAAUCCAACCCUCCUUUGCCAUCAUUUGGCUUCCAGCAAGGAUGGGGUCGAGGAACCAGACCCGAGGGAAGAUACGCGCUUGGAAGGCCCAUGCCGAAGGAUGAUACUGACAAAAGCCAAGGUGGUCCACAGCCCCAGUUCUACAACACCUGUGAAAGACAUUGUACCAGUGAAGAUCCAGUCAAGGUGAUUCCCCUGGCAAACUUCACUCCAUCGCAACAGGCACCAGCGUCUGGGAGUAACACCUUUAUACAUGAGCACCAGUUAUAAAAGCAUGUCUGUCAAAAUCAGCUAUUUCAGGCUUUAAAGUGUAAGUGUAUAUAGUCACAGCCUAACAGUUAACUUUACUGCAUAUACAAACCUGUUAGGCUUGUGAAUAUUUAUGUAAAUAGAAUUCUGAAUUGAAUUUGAAGAGCUGAGUCCUUAGUACUCAAUUAAAGGAAAUUUACCAUAAUUGUUGGUCAAAAGUAUACACAACAAACAAAACUCUGUUCAUUUUAUUUCCCCAAAUGGGUCAUCAUAGCACAAAUAAUAGCUCGUUAGGGCAGGGACCGUCUUCCUCUGUCUCAUAAUUUCCGAACACAUUUUGGGCACUGUCGCAAUCUAUAUAAUAGUCAUAUAGAUGACUCUCAACUUCUCUUUUUUGUUUUAUAUGUACAUUAUAUUUAACACAUUCAUCGGGCACAUUUCCAUUUGUUCAACAGUCAAUAGCAAAUAGAGAUCAAGUGCGCGGUUUGUCAAUCUAUUACUUGAAAUCAGUGAUUAAAUGAGUGAUUUAAUUCUUUGGAUGCACGGCACUUUCACAGUAUUUUACGUUUUCCAUGACAGGGAAGAGAAGUGUGUUAAAAGUCUUCCUGAUCCCUCUUGCUUUUCAUUUUAAGGUUGUACUCACUCAGCUUACCUCUAUUCGGAUUUUGGGAAAAAAUAGCUUAAAUGAAGCAUGAAACUGAAUAUUUUAUUUGACCUUAAUGUCCUGUUGCUAAAUAGAUACCUCUAUAGUGAUGACUGGACUGCAAUUUUACAAGGAGAGUUUCUUGCUUUCCAAGAUUUGUUUUUCUAGACUAAUGUAAGCUAUGUCACAACCUAUAUUCCACCUGCCAGUUGUCAGCCAUGAGUCUAUCACUAAUCAUGUCUUUAUCUUGCAAAUUUCAUAUUGGUUAAUGUCUUUGUGAAUUGGGGAUUACAUAAACACAGAAGGAAACUGGGUAGAUUUUACAGCUGAUGCAGUACCAUGGCUGUAAACUACUGUUGUCUAGAGAAUAUUAUGGUGAUUUAAAUGUUAAUUUUACAGCUCUAUAGUCAGUCACUGCAGGUUUUCAGUAAAGAAUUAAAUAUAACCUUAGAUAGUGCACACUAAACCUAUUAGACUAAGGCGCUCUUGUCAUUCUAACUUAGUUUACUGAAGAAAAUUACUGACAUUACUCUGCAAAGAAAGAGGAAGCCAGGAGGUGAAUGUUGGAUGGAUGUAAUUAUAAAUACACCCCAAUUAUGCUAUUCUACAGGAGCUCAAGGUGAUGUACUGGAAAGAUUAGGCAGUCUUGUCUGAACCUUGUGCUGGAUGAGAUACUCUUUACAGAGCAUAAAAGAAAGCUAGUAAAUCCUAUAUUGGACACAAAGAAAAUGUCUUUCUUAGGUAAAAGAAUUACGGUAUUUUCCUCCUGGUAUUUUGUUUCUAUCCAGCCAUUAUGUCAAGAACGAUACAUACAUUCCACUAUCAAACAAUUUUUCUUCAGAACAAAAUCAGUUAAAAUGCUACUUUAAAUCAAGAGACAAUCUAAGUUUGA